AUGAGGGACUAUACUGAAAUCCAUUUGUUUUACUAUAUUGGUGAAAAACAGGUGGGCGACAAGUUAUGCGAUUGCCUACCUGCUAAUUUCAUUCCUUGGCAUGGUCAGAACAAAACGCUAUGGCAAACAGUGAAAACUAUUUUGUUACCGGUGUCGUGGUUGGACGCGAACGCACUGAAACUGGGCCAGACUGAACACAUAUCGAUCAAGCAGGAGGAAGUUGCGAUGCACGCAAUGAGAUUCUGUACAUUGUCGAGCAACUCGAGGUUUUUCAUGGUUCAAGGCCCGCCAGGCACUGGAAAAUCAGAUCUUGUUGUCAAUAUAACAUUAAAUUUCCUAAAGAAUUUGGAUAAAGGUAUUGCAAUAUUAUUGCUUGCGCAAUCCAACGCCGCUGUUGAGAAUCUCGUUCGGCGUAUUGUGAUGUUGCGCAAAGAUUUCCCGAAGCCAUUAAAGGAUCGUGUGCGGAUUAUUCGCAUGGGGCGUAACCCGCAAUCUGCCGCUGAUUUGGCAGAUUACCACGUUGACAAUCACGUUGCGCGUCAUUUGCGUAGUAUGUUGUUUCAGCAAGCGCCUCAUUUGAUGCACAGUUAUCGCGUUCUGGAAGAGGAAGUUUUCGCGUUACCUGGGGUUCAAAUCCAGACUUUAGAGAAGAAAGAAAGGGAGUAUGCUAAUUUUGUCAGGAAUCAUUACCUUCAACAGUAUCAUAGAGAAGAGGCACAGGUUCGCAAUUUGGUAUUUGAGAAGGCGACAUUGAUUUGCAGUACGAUUGGCAGUUCCUACGCGUUUCCGAGCCGCAAACUACAGCUUAAAUUUAAAUGCUGUAUCAUUGACGAAGCCACGCAGGCUACCGAACCGGAUACACUGCUUCCCUUGACGCAGGAUGUUAACAAAUUUAUCCUGGUUGGCGAUACACGCCAAUUACCUCCACAUCAAACUCUUGUUCCGAAAGAAUAUCUUUUCUCGCGUUCGUUAUUUGUCCGGUUACAGAAAGUACUACGCGAUGCUCCAUCUCACAAUGCUUUACAUUUGCUGGACACGCAGUAUCGCAUGCGCGAAGAGAUUUGUUCUUUCCCAAAUCGACAGUUUUACUGCGAUAAACUUAUUACACAUCCGCAGCCGUGCCGCGAAGACAUAAAAACUCUCGCGCCGUAUUUAGUUUUUGAAGUGAACGAAGGCAAUAAGACAAAAACUUAUGUGAAUUUAAAAGAAAUCGAAGCAAUUCUGAUGAUUUUAUUAACCAUAAGUAGGCUUAAACUAGAAAGUCAACUUACCAUCGGUAUUAUAACACCAUACAAUGAGCAGCGCAUCGAAUUACAGAAGCAAUUGGAAACUUUAAAUUUGAACAGGCGUAUGAAAGUGUUGGUCAACACUAUUGACGGUUUUCAAGGACAAGAACAGGAUAUUAUUCUGUUGUCGUUGGUUUUAAGGAUGGCGAACAGCUUCGUCAACGAUGCGCAGCGUUUAAACGUGGCGCUGACGCGCGCGCGCAGUUGUCUCUACGUGUUCGGAUCGCCCAUUCUAUUCGAAAGCGGCUCUCAUACGCAGCUUGAAAAAGGACGCCAUUGAUAGAGAAAUGUAUGUGCGUUUACCGCAAUACUUCGAUCCCAAUUCGUUUCAAUAUUGUCUCUUUCGAUAAACACUGGGAUAGUUAAUACUUGUGCACUGUAUCAGUGAGCAACCUCUGGCCAGUGAUUGAUAUCUUUACUUGUUUCGUUAUUUUUGAUAUUUAUGUGCAGAUUUGAAGUCUGUGGCGUUGAAAUUCAUUUUUAUAUUUAUGACUUGAGACUGUAUCUCAGCCUAGUGAACAAACCACGUGAUUAAAUUGUUCUAGGCGUAUAGUUUCUUUGUUUUUCUAUAAUUGAAAUAAAUUCUACUUUUGUCAUAA